GACCAAACCAAACCAAACCAAGCGUAAUUAGCAAAUAACAAAGAAACAUGGUUGGAGUCAGAGAAUUCGAGGUGAGUACGAGGAAGCAAGAAGUGGUGGCCGCUGCACUGCCAUUGCAAGAGCACUGGCUACCACUCUCCAACCUCGACUUGCUUCUUCCUCCGGUCGAUGUGGGAGUGUUCUUCUGCUACAAGAACCACAGCAGCCCCUCUGCGGCCGAGGCCAGGGUCGGGGUUCUGAAGAAGGCCCUGGCCCAAGCCCUGGUGACAUACUAUGCCUUUUCGGGUGAGGUGGUGGCCAACUCUGUUGGGGAGCCUGAGAUUCUGUGCAACAACCGUGGGGUUGAUUUCGUUGAAGCUUUUGCAGACGUUGAGCUUAAGGAGCUCAACCUUUAUAACCCUGAUGAAUCCAUUGAAGGCAAAUUGGUUCCCAUCAAGAAGCAUGGAAUUCUAGCUGUCCAGGCAACUGAGCUCAAGUGUGGAGGGAUGGUGGUGGCAUGCACAUUCGACCAUCGCAUUGCAGAUGCCUACUCAACCAACAUGUUUCUCGUUUCAUGGGCCAAGAUGGCCAACUCAAAAUCGCCACUCACUAAAGUCCCAUCUUUCCGUCGUUCUUUGUUAAACCCUCGGCGUCCCGGUCAGAUCCACCCUUCCCUAAAUGACAUGUACGUCCCCGUCACAUCUCUGCCUCCUCCUCCUCCCAAAAUGGAGAUCAAUGAUACUUGGAGACUCAUAUUAUCUUUAAAAACUUCAAGUUGGAGACCCAUAAUACAUUACCGACUAUAA